CCAUCUCUACCUGUUGGAGGGACUAAGCCCUAGCGUUCUUCACUCUCACGGCGGUGUAGCGGCACGGCAGCGGCGGCGGUGCCAACGAGCGUCGGCAAAAAGGACGGAAUGCUUGGCGGUUAUCUAGUCUCUGAUGGGAAAUGCCUUCCGUGCUCAGGGAUGUCAGGAAGAAUGAGUUUUCCAUCAUAUUUUCAUAACGGGGAUCCCAUACUCUAUCGGGGCACUAAUGUCCUAUUGAAGACCUUCCCUGUUUAUGGUCCAAGAAGGGUGUCCUUUGUCUGUAAUUCUAAUAACCAAAGGAGGAGCCCAGAUUUUUCAAGACGACGGAAGGGGUCUUCCGGGGGCAAGAUCAAGCAAUUCCAAGAUCAAGAAAACUCUGAGAACAUUGAAGAAGCAAAUCUUUCGUCUUCUGAAAAUGGGCCACUGCUUUCUCUGGUCAGCAAUCCCAGGUAUCAGGCUACUGCCACUCCAGGACGAAGGGAGAAGGAGAUUGUUGAGCUGUUCAGAAAAGUCCAAGUCCAGCUACGCGAGCGGGCAGCUAUCAAGGAAGAGAAGAAGAUUGAAGCUGCCCAACAAGGGCAGGCAGAGAGGGGAACCGUCGAUUCCCUUCUAAAGUUAUUAAGGAAGCAUUCAGUUGACCAGAAGAAGAAGAGUGGUGGAGAAGAAGAUUUUAAUCUUGACCAGCCGGAGAGAAGCAAUCAAUUUGAGGAUGAGCAAAAUUCAAAUAUUUUUGGCCCUAAUAAUAUCACGUCAGAGGACGUUCGUGAACCAGACCCAGUUCCCUUUACUAGGCCGGCAUCAAAUUUCAGACGCAAAUCUCCUGUCCCUAGAGUAAAGUUCCAAUCUGUGUUGUCAGCUGAGGAGGAUGUCAGCUUCACUUCAUCUUUGAAAUCUCAAGAAAAAGAGAGGAAGACAGGAAACAAUGAGCCACAGCUGGCUCCUGAUCCAGAGUCCAUAUCAUUGGACGGACCUGAUGAAGUAUAUUUUGUUGAUCAAUCUGGCACUGAUGGAACUUCUGAAGAGACCAGCAAAUCAUCUGCGAUAGAGGAGAAUCCUGACUUGGGCUCCUUGAAACUGCCAGAGUUGAAGGGCCUUGCAAAGUCUCGAGGCAUCAAGGGGUAUUCAAAGAUGAAGAAAGGCGAACUCCUGGAAGUUUUAGGUAGUUGAUGGUGCUUGAUCAUAUCGACAGAGUAGUCAUAUUAAUCUUAGUUGCAGCUCUUCAUAUGUUUUGUUUCAGGCAUCUGCAUCACUGUUUAUUCCCUCAGCCAGUAUCUGGUUUCUCUCCACUCUCUUUUUUUUUUUUUUGCACUGCCUACACUUUAAUUUUAAAAUUGAUGAGGUGCUUCGUUUUGUGUACUAAUGCAGUAAUUCUGACAUAUUGUUCUGGUUAUGUUGGGGAAAUUACUUAUAA